GGAAGCGAAAGCCGGUACUCUUCCUCCGAGCGGGGUCACGACCUAGCCGGCGUGAGUCUGAAUUCCGAGAGUGCGGGGUGCUCAGCGGGUCAGGGCAGCCCCUGGCUGUAGCCAUGUCCCCGAACCUACGCACCGCUUUCAUUUUCGGCGGCUUCAUCUCCCUGAUCGGCGCCGCCUUCUACCCCAUCUACUUCCGGCCUCUAAUGCGGCUAGAAGAGUACCAGAAGGAACAAGCCGUAAAUCGAGCUGGUAUUGUUCAAGAAGAUGUGCAGCCACCAGGGUUAAAAGUGUGGUCGGAUCCAUUUGGCCGGAAAUGAGAAGGCUGUCCCCACCUCUGAUUGUGAAAGGAGACAGUCCUUGUGCUUUCAACUGCCCCAAGUUCAAUAAAUCGCCUGGCUAGAGAAUGAUGGCUGGAGAAGAAAAGUCUCUAAUGUCGUCAAGAGUGCUGUGCACAAGAAUUAAUUCCCUUCUUAAAUAUCAGAGAACCCUGGAACAAAUCACACCAUUAGGAAGGCUUUCAUGAUUCGGUUUCCUUUCUAAAAAUGAAGCUCUCUCACCCAGCUGUGUUUGGAGGCGAUCUACUUAUUAUUCCGUCUCUACCUCUUACCCAACCGAGCUGUGAUAUGAAUGUAAGCAACCAGUAGAAUUGAGAAGAUCCUAGUCUGUUUGUCUGUUUUGCCAUCUUCCAAAAGGAAAUUUCAGCUAAAAGCCACCAUAGUGAGCAGCCUCAUAGGGCUCUUCGAAAAUGUUAAAGUUGAUAAAACUCUUUGAGGACAAGGUACAUUAUUACUUAAGAAUAAACAGUUCAGCUCAACUAGCUCGUUGGGAAGGUUGCUGCACGUUGGAAAAUAAAUAUGAAGCAAGUUCAAACUAAAUGGGUGUGCAUGUGUAGCAGAAACCAGUGCUGAGUUAAAGGAAGUAAAAAUGUGUGUAUUAAAAUGAUUUCUUUUUACUUGACAA